AUGAAGGCCUCUAUCAUCUUUGCCUUGGCCACUUCUCUACUGGCAGCAGCCAACCCGGUCGUUUUCAGCCGCGAUGCUGAGACUCCAGAUACUGUCAUCGCCAACUAUAACGCAGUUGCUGACGACACUGUGUCCAGGCUGACCGUCUUCGGCUGUCACAUGAAAGAAUGUGUCGAGGCUCUUAGUCCACUCCUCGCAUCCUGUGCUAUCGCAGCUGCCGAGGAAGGUAGAAACACUGCAAAGGAUGCUUCCUGCGUCGGCAAAGCUUACCAGAGCCUAGCACCGAGUAAGAAACCAGCGGAGUGCAACCACUGCUACCACUGA